UGUGGUGGGAGAUGUCUCACCAUCACCCCUCAACGAAAAAUGAACAAAAUCUGUGUUUAUUCUCUACCGUUUUUCUAAGAAAAACUCGAUACGGUAUUGCGCGGCGCGAUGCAUCCACCUCUCCUUUCCCUACGACAAUCGUUCCCAUUUUCGCCCAAAAUCUCCGCAAGCACCAACCCCCACUCCCGCCGCCAGCCGAAUUCGACGCCAUCCUUUCCCGUCGCUGGCUCCAUCCCUUCCCCACCUCCUCUCCUUUCCCUCCGCCGGCCGCGCUGCAGCGCCGGCGACGGGGAGGGGAGGGAGGAACAGCAGCCCUCGCGUGCCAAGGACGUGCUGUCGGGCAUGGUCGGCGAGCGGGUGGAGGAGCUCCUGAGGAGAGAGGAGAACCGGGCCCUCUUGGACGGGCUCGAGGAGGCGUCGCGGAGGGUGGACCGGGCGAGACAGGCGCUCGCCGACAUCGAGAAGCAGGAGGCCGAAGCCCUGCGAGCCAAGGAGUACGUCCGCCAGCUCGAGAGCAGGGAGUUGGAGAUCGCAGAAUCACAAAGGGACUUAUUAGAAGCAAGAACUAUGGUGGAAGAAGCUGAACGCUCUCUGUCAUCUGACAUUGAUGAAAACAACUCUGGAGACGUUUUACCUGAAGAGAUUGACCAAAAUGUAGAGAGAUUGGAGUCCCUAAAAGCUGCAUCAAUUUCAUCUGUAGCUGGCAUGCUUGCUGGUUUGCCCAUUUAUUUAUAUCAAGCAACCAGCUUUUCUCAACUUCUUCUUCAUUUGGCAACUGUUUUCAUUAGCUGUGCUUUGUUUGGAGUUACCUUCCGUUACGCAAUAAGAAGAGAUCUGGACAAUAUUCAGCUAAAAACAGGGGCCCCAGCAGCUUUUGGCUUUGUUAGAGGCCUUGCUGCACUAGAUGCUGGGAAGCCUUUGGAACUCAACAAUGAUAGCUUCAUUGCAUAUUCUAUUGAUGGAGCAGUUUAUGUAUUGGAGGAUAUUUUUAUUUUUCUUUCUGCAGCCAUUGCACUUGAUUUUUGUUUCAAGAUGAGGCUUUUAAGUCCUUUUCCUAUAAGAAAAUAGGACUAGCUGACAAUUGUGAGCACAAGAUUAUCUUGGAGGUCCUAUCCUGCUUUUGAGAUGAAGAUAGACUUUGUAGUCUUCCACUUUAUAAUAUCAUUUGGACAGCUCAAUGUUUUCCUGGGUAAUCGACAAAAUUACCCUUCAA